CAGACACCAGUGCGUGGACCUCUCUCUGCUGUAGUGAAGUUACAUAGAUAAACACAACCGGUGAGAAAGAUGUCGGUGGUCUGUGUCGCCCUGAGUCGAAAUGUUUUGGCCAUUAGGAAUGCCGGCACGAUGGUGAUGGUGCGUUAUGCUCAGACUGCAGCUGCUCCAGCUCCUGAACCCAGAAUCAAGAAGUUCCAGGUUUACCGCUGGGACCCCGACACCGCCGGAGACAAACCACGAAUGCAGACUUAUGAUAUUGAUCUAAACACCUGUGGCCCAAUGGUUCUGGAUGCACUCAUUAAGAUCAAGAACGAGAUCGACCCCACACUCACGUUCAGACGCUCCUGCCGUGAGGGUAUCUGCGGCUCAUGUGCCAUGAACAUCAAUGGAGGCAACACAUUGGCGUGCCUUAACAAAAUUGACACAAACACGAGCAAACCAACGAAGAUCUACCCACUCCCGCACAUGUAUGUGGUCAAAGAUCUGGUGCCUGAUAUGAGCAACUUCUAUGCGCAGUACAAGUCCAUUGAGCCCUACCUGAAAAAGAAGGAUGAAACUCAAGAAGGGAAGGAGCAGUAUUUCCAGUCAGUGGAGGACAGACAAAAACUGGACGGCCUGUAUGAGUGCAUCCUGUGUGCUUGCUGCAGCACCAGCUGCCCCAGCUACUGGUGGAAUGGAGACAAAUACCUGGGACCUGCAGUUCUAAUGCAGGCGUAUCGGUGGAUGAUUGACUCCCGUGAUGAAUUCACUGAGGAACGUCUGUCUAAACUUCAGGACCCAUUCUCUCUCUACCGCUGCCACACCAUCAUGAACUGCACCAAGACCUGCCCCAAGGGACUCAACCCAGGAAAGGCAAUUGCAGAGAUCAAGAAAAUGAUGGCGACUUACAAAGAGAAGAAAGCUGCAGCUACUUGAACAUCUGAAAAUCCAGGUGGCUCAAGAUCCACAAAGUGGAAGAGAAGAGUAAACCAGGAAGUUUUGCCUGCAUCAGCACCUUUUUCUGAUUUUCAUGAGUGUGUGAGACGUGAGUGUGUGAGUGUGAUUGUAUAAGGGAACAGAAUAACAGGCAAGUGUGAGAAAAGGUGACAGAAAGGCCUAUGAAGUAAAAUAUUUCAAGUGACGCAACGAGUUGGACCACAUUUCCUACAUCUGUGUGUGCAGUGAUUAAAUAAACUAGGUUCUGUUGUAAUUACUCACAAACUUUGUUUUCAGACUGUAAAUAUUUAAAUAUUUGUUAAUUAAGAUGUGCUGAGCUCAUUAUGGAAGUCAAACAUGUGUUAUCAUUUGGAUAAGGAAAGAACACAGUACUCUUUUGUUGAUUUCCUUUGUAACUUCCAUUACAAUAAACAAUGAACAACA